GAAGGGAGACAGGAAGGACGGCAAGAAGUAAUAGAGGUCGCCCCCCUCCUCCAAACAUACUCAGCUACACUUGUCCCAAUUUCCUCCCCGACUCCAACAUGGCAGAACAUCGCCGCCCGUCCAAUGACCUCGGUUCCCCCCAGCUGCUGGAUUACGAGCAUCUCCCCGGCAUCUCUUUCGGGAACGCCUCGAGCCCCGCGCCCGAGGAUGGCGGACCCUCGUCGCCGAACAGUGGCGCCGGAGCGGGCGCGGAACCUGCAGCGACGAGACCCUCGUCCGCCGGGACGGACAUGCCCAAGCAGGUGCAGGAAGUGCUCGAGUCAGACAUUGGUGUUUCCACCAUGCUGAACAGGCUCAAGCAGAGCAUCACAGCCGCCAGGGAAUUCUCCCUGUUUCUCAAGAAGCGAUCCGCCCUCGAGGACGACCACGCGAAAGGCCUCAAGAAGCUGUGCAAGUCGACGCAGGACAGCAUCCGCCACGCCGACCACCGACAGGGAAGCUUCUCGCAGUCGUAUGAGGAGAUGCUCGUGAUACACGACCGGAUGGCCGAGAACGGGAUACAGUUUGCCAUGUCUCUACACCAGAUGCACGAAGACCUGCUCGAGGUAGCCGCCCUAGCCGAUAAGCACCGCAAGGGAUGGAAACAGAACGGCCUGGCGGCCGAACAGCGCCUAGCCGACGUGGAGACGGCGAUGCGCAAGUCCAAGGUCAAGUACGAUUCGCUGGCCGAAGAGUACGAGCGCGUGAGGACGGGCGAGGCGAAGCAGGGACCUAGGGUCUUUGGUAUCAAGGGCCCCAAGUCGGCGGCACAGCAUGAGGAGGAUCUCCUGCGCAAGGUCCAAGGAGCCGACACCGACUACAUGGGAAAGGUCCAGGCGUACCAGUCAGAGAAGGCAUCCAUAGUUUCGACGACGCGCCCGGAAGCCGUCAAGGCGCUAUGGAACCUAAUCAACGAGUGCGACUCGGGCACUACCUUACAGAUGCAGAAAUUCGCUUCAUUCAACGAAAAGCUAUUGCUAAGCAACGGUCUGGUAAUAAGCCCCCUCAAGGGCACCGUCCCACCGGGCCCGCACUCGCGGAGUCUGAAGGAGGUCGUCCACUCGAUCGACAAUACGAAGGACCUCGAAAACUACCUCACCAGCUUCCAUAGCAAGGUCCCCCCCAAGUCGUCGGAGCCAAAAUACGAAAGAAACCCUAUCCUCAACCCUCAACAUAACACUUCCUCGAAUCAGAUGACGCAAAUACACCAGCAACAAGGGAGACCGUCCUCGCAGCAGCAAGGGCAACUGAGCUCCUCUCCACAGACACAGAUACACCCCCCGGGGUCCGUGGGCCCUCGCACCGGUGCUCCCGACUCCGGAUCGUCUCCGCAGUCGGGUCUGCAGGGGCCGAACCAGGAUUUCACACCCCCACCCGGAAUACAACUGUCAUCACGUCCGUCGCCGGGACCGGGACAUGAGAGAAGCUUUAGCCACGGCGCGAUGCUAAACCAGUCUAACAUACAACCUCAGCCGCAAUACAAUGCGCGGAACUCGAUACAGGCUCCCGUCGCGCAAUCGCGAUUCAAUAGUGGCGUAAAUAGCAGCGUAGGUUCUGCCAGCGGUCCACCGCAGCUUGGCGCAUUGCCGUUCCAGACGCGUGGACAAUCCCCCCAGCGGCAACCUGGGCCCCUCAACUUCCAAUCCACAGCUCACGAGGACUCUCCGGUGCGCCCAGCGUCCCCCGGCGCGGCUAGUGGCCCGAAGUCGGAACUGGCGAGCUCGAGAGGACCGGUCUUUGGCGUGUCACUCGAUCGCCUCUACGAGAAUAGCAAAGGCCCCGUACCCAUGGUCGUGUACCAGUGCAUACAGGCUGUCGACCUGUACGGUCUUACCGUAGAGGGGAUUUAUCGGCUAUCUGGUUCGACGGCGCACGUCAACAAGCUGAAGCAUCUGUUCGAUACCAACGAAGAUGCGCCGAUCCUGGACUUCCGCAACCCGGAGAACUUCUUCCACGACGUGAACAGCGUGGCGGGUCUGCUAAAGCAGUUCCUGCGAGACCUGCCAGAUCCGCUGCUAACGUCAGAGCACUAUGCAGGGUUCAUCGAGGCAGCGAAGCACGACGACGAAGUGGUGCGGCGGGACAGCCUGCACGCAAUCAUCAACGCGCUGCCGGACCCGAACUACGCGACGCUGCGGGCGCUGACGCUGCACCUGCAUCGCGUGAUCGAGCAUUCGGCGGUCAACCGGAUGAACUCGCAGAACCUAGCCAUCGUAUUCGGGCCCACGUUGAUGGGGACGGGCCCGGGAAGUAACAUUCAGGACGCCGGGUGGCAGGUGCGCGUCGUCGACACGAUACUGCAGAAUACGUACCAGAUCUUCGACGAGGAUUAGCGGGAGCGACGGGGGGACACAGCUCAGGAAGGGAACCGAGAACUGGAGACCAGCGGCUAGGAAAUAAUCAGGAUUUUUCUAGGAUCCAGGGAAGACG